AAUAUUGAAGAGACCUAAAGAUAAAAUUGGCUGGAAGAAGACUGUCCUAAGGGAAGAAUUGUAGUAGAAAACAAAAAAAAAGUGGAUAGACAAAUGAGACUGAAAUGUGAGGAUUCCUGGGCAGAUUGGAAUCCUGACUGAAGCAAAAGAUCUCUGUUGAAGAGGAGUAAAGGUAUAAGAUGGAUAAGACAAGAACUUGGCCCUGAUGUCUGACCAUGGAGAUGUAAGCCUCCCACCCGAAGAUCGGGUGAGGGCUCUCUCCCAGCUGGGUAGUGCAGUGGAGGUGAAUGAAGACAUUCCACCCCGCCGGUACUUCCGCUCUGGAGUUGAGAUUAUCCGAAUGGCAUCCAUUUACUCUGAGGAAGGCAACAUUGAACAUGCCUUCAUCCUCUAUAACAAGUAUAUCACGCUCUUUAUUGAGAAACUACCAAAGCAUCGGGAUUACAAAUCUGCUGCCAUUCCUGAAAAGAAAGACACAGUAAAGAAAUUAAAGGAGAUUGCAUUUCCCAAAGCAGAGGAGCUGAAGGCAGAACUGUUAAAACGAUAUACCAAAGAAUAUAGAGAAUAUAAUGAAGAAAAGAAGAAGGAAGCAGAGAAAUUUGCCCGGAACAUGGCCAUCAAGCAAGAGCUACAAAAGGAAAAACAGAGGGUAGCACAACAGAAGCAGCAACAGUUGGAACAGGAACAGUUCCAUGCCUUUGAGGAGAUGAUCCGGAACCAGGAGCUAGAAAAAGAGCGACUGAAAACUGUACAGGAGUUUAGGAAGGUGGACCCUGGCCUAAGUGGCCCACUGGUGCCUGACUUGGAAAAGCCCUCCUUAGAUGUGUUCCCCAACUCACCUAUCUCAUCCACACAGCCUUCAGACUGUAACACAACUAUAAGGCCAGCUAAGCCACCUAUGGUGGAUAGGUCCUUGAAACCUGGAUCACUGAGCAAUUCAGAAAGUAUUCCUACAAUUGAUGGAUUGCGUCAUGUAGUGGUGCCCGGGAAGCUAUGCCCACAGUUUCUCCAGUUAGCCAGUGCCAACACUGCCCGGGGAGUAGAGACAUGUGGAAUUCUCUGUGGAAAACUGAUGAAGAAUGAAUUUACCAUUACCCAUGUUCUCAUCCCCAAGCAAAGUGCUGGGUCUGAUUAUUGCAACACAGAGAAUGAAGAAGAACUUUUCCUCAUACAGGAUCAGCAGGGUCUCAUCACGCUGGGCUGGAUUCAUACUCAUCCCACACAGACUGCCUUUCUCUCCAGUGUUGACCUACACACACACUGCUCCUACCAGAUGAUGUUGCCAGAGUCAAUAGCCAUUGUUUGCUCCCCCAAGUUCCAGGAAACUGGAUUCUUUAAACUAACUGACUAUGGACUAGAGGAGAUUUCUUCCUGUCGCCAGAAAGGAUUUCAUCCACACAGCAAGGAUCCACCUUUGUUCUGUAGCUGCAGCCAUGUGACUGUUGUGGACAGAGCAGUGACCAUCACAGACCUUCGAUGAGAGUUUGACUCAAACACCUUCCAAGAACUAUAAAACCAUAUCAAUGUACUGUAGCCCCUUAAUUUAAGCUUUCCAAAAAGCUUUGGAAGCUUUUUUAGACAAAAUAGAAAUGGGGCAUCACCUGGGGAAGAGCUGAUUUUCCUUUUCUGGUUUGAAAAGAAAUAACAAUAUAUAUUUUUAGGCAAGUCUGGAAAAGAGCAUGAUCACACUAAAGCAACUGUAACUCAAAAAUUAAGUUGAAAGUGGUGUAAUGAACUCCCAUAUGCCCUACAUUCUUGAUUCACCAGUUGUUAACACUUUUUUCCUCUCAGCUUUCCUUAAAAUUUCUUUACCAACUUGUUUAUAUUUACCUCUGGACUAAAUAAGGGCAUCUAUGCAGAAAUUUGGAAGCCAUUUAGAAAAUCUUUUGGGUUUGUCUAUGGUUUGUGGAAAUAUUAAUGGAGCUUAUUAUAAGGGUAAGAGACAGUUCACUACAUCUGACUAGAUGGUGUGGCUUACAAACCCAGAAGAGUGACUUUGUCAGGAAUUAUUGGUAUUUAACAAAUAUUUCAAGAUAUUUUUCCUUUACAGUAAAAUAACAAUUAACUUAUGUUUUUGUGCUCUAGAGUGAUCAGUUUGAUCAACCAUUAUAUAAACAGAUUAAAUAAACAGUCUGGUUGUUUUGGGAAAGGAGAGGGGAAAAUGGAAUUUGAGAUGUACUGACAUUGAAGGUGUGUCCCAGUUCACUUUUAAUUAUUCAAUGUUUUUUCUCUGCCUGCUGCCGUCUUCCAGGGGUGUGAAGUCAUCCCUGUUCUUUUAGUGCUGUCUCAAGUGGGUCAUCUCAUUUACUUCCCCCUUGUGCCCUACAAGCUUUUGGUUGAGGAUAAUAGAGCUUUUGUUGGGAAUACCAGGGCACACUCCAAAUAAAUGAUUACAUUCCCUAGCCACACUACCCUAA